GCUUAUUAGACGGUUUUUAUAAAAUUAUAUUGCUGUGAGUCACUUCGUCAUCAUGUCUCGGGAUAUUCGAUCAUUUUUCAACAUGGGCCCGGCUAAGAAAGUGGCUCCGAUUGCGGAACCGCUGAAAACUCCAAACUCGAAACGAAAGGCCGUACUAGUCAGCGAUGACGAAGAGGCUCACUCUCCGCGACCAAUCAAACGGACGGAAGCUGAAUCAGACAAGUCAACCGCCGGAGCCAAGAAACGGCGUGUCAUCGAGUCGGAUGAUGAGCGGAGCCCGGUGAAGAACAAACCGCUGGAAGCAAAACCAAAUGUCUCCAAGCUGAAGCCGGUAAACGUGAGUGACGUGUUCAGUUCGGCACCGGUGAAGCGAGUGGAUCUUCCGAAGAUCCCCAAGAAGAAAACCCUCGAACCGAUCGAACAGUUGCAGCUGGAAACCGAAGACGAUGAAGUGAUCCCGGAGACGCCGCCGCCGGCGAAGAAAUCGCACCGGAAAGAUCAAAAUGGCAACGAACGUGAGGUGGAAAAGGUGCGAACUCCGGAAAAGAAAGAGAAACUAGCAUCGACGGUGGAGAAGAAAUUAAAAACGGAAGAAGCAAACACGAAGCCAGACGUUAAGGAGAGCCCGGAAGCGGAAACUAGCAAAGGUCGUAAACGGAGCGACCCUGACUCGUCCCGGUCGAAGGACCUGAAUGAAAGCGUGUUAACGGACGAGGAACGGUACGAGCGAAAGCGCAUGUCGGCGAUACUGUACCAGAAGUUCAAGAACCGCGGCGGCCCGGCCAAUCCGGGCUCGAAGGAGAUUCCAGAGGGAAAGCCCAGCUGUCUGGAGGGUUUGCAGUUCGUCAUAACCGGCGUGCUGGAGUCGAUGGAGCGAGACGAAUGCGCACAGGUGAUCAAGGAUUUGGGCGGCAAGGUGGUCAGUGCGGUCUCGAAGCGGGUGACCCACAUGGUGGUGGGUGACGAUUGCGGUCCCAAGAAGCUCGCUCAGGCGGAGGAUCUUCGAAUUCCGACGCUCAGCGAGGAUGCACUGUUCGAUUUGAUCCGAGAAAAAUCGGGCCAAACCAAGCAGAGCUCCGAACAAAGGAAGGACAGUCCGACUAAAACGGUGAAAGUAGAAACCGGCGGCGGCAGCAGCAACAAGCGCAAGGAGUCUCCCGGCGAGGAGAAAGGACAAAAGAAAGCGAAAACACCCACCAAACGCCAGCCACCCGUUGCUCCGAAGAUGGAAAUUAAGAAGGAACGCCCGGACCGUUCACCGGCCCGGCUGAAGACGGAAAAAUCGCCGUCAAAGCGGGGGCCUUCGAUGGAACCGUUGAGUUCCGUGAAGCGUGAACAGUCCGACUAUCAGAAGGAUAUUAACAGCACGGACAAUAUGGCGUGGGUCGACAAAUACAAACCGGCGAACACGAAGCAAAUAAUCGGCCAGCUGGGAGCGGCCAGUAACGUACAGAAGCUGACCGUUUGGCUGUCGAGCUGGCACAAGAACAACGACGGCACGAAGAAGCACGCCAAGCCGAGUCCGUGGGCCAAAAACGAUUCGGGAGCCGCCUCCAAGGCGGCCCUUCUCUCGGGGCCGCCCGGUGUUGGGAAAACCACCACCGCAACGCUGGUCUGCCGGGAGCUCGGGUUCGAUACGGUAGAAUUCAACGCUUCCGACACACGCAGCAAGCGGCUCCUGAAGGAGGAGGUGUCGGAGCUUCUGAACAGCAAAUCGUUGGCCGGAUACUUUGGCGGCAAGAGCGAUAAGGUUUCGGCGAAGCACGUACUGCUGAUGGACGAGGUGGACGGAAUGGCAGGAAACGAGGACCGCGGAGGCAUGCAGGAACUGAUAGCGCUGAUCAAGGAGAGCCACAUCCCGAUCAUCUGCAUGUGCAACGAUCGCAACCACCCGAAGAUACGAUCGCUGGUGAACCAUUGCUUCGACCUACGCUUCAGCCGUCCGCGCGUGGAACAGAUCAAGGGGGCGAUGAUGUCGAUAUGCUUCAAGGAGGGCCUGACGCUGGCACCGGGCGUGCUGGAGGAAAUCAUCUCCGGCACGGGCGGCGAUGUGCGGCAAACGUUGAACCAUCUGGCCCUGUACAGUGCCGGCAAAUCGAUGACUGCCUCGCUGUCGCUGGACUCGGCAAAGAAGCAAGCGAACGCAUCGAAGAAGGACAUCAAGAUAGGACCGUGGGAUGUAAUACGGAAAGUGUUUUCCGCCGAGGACCACAAACACAUGUCGCUCAACGACAAGGCCGAUCUGUUCUUUCACGAUUACAGCAUUGCGCCACUGUUCGUGCAGGAAAACUAUCUAAAAGUUCAACCGAAGGCGCCGCGAUCGGAGCUGCUCGGUCGCAUUGCAAUGACCGCGGACAGCCUCAGUCGGGGUGAUACGGUCGACCGGCGGAUUCGAUCGAACAUGGCGUGGUCUUUGCUGCCGGUACAGGCCAUGUUUAGCUCGGUCAUGCCGGGCGAGUACAUGGAGGGACACUUUACCGGUCAGAUUAAUUUCCCCGGCUGGUUGGGCAAGAACUCGAAAGCACAGAAGCGCAAACGGUUGGCCCAGGAGAUACACGACCACACGAGGGUGGCAACGUCCGGCUCGAGGUUGGCUAUUCGUUUGGACUAUGCGCCACAUCUGCUGCGAUCGAUCGUUCAGCCACUGCAGCGACGUGGCGCGGAAGGUGUGCACGAUUCACUGGAGGUGAUCAAAGGGUACCGGUUGCUGCGGGAGGACAUCGAUUCGCUGGUUGAGCUAAGUACCUGGCCGAAGGCCAAGAGCCCGAUGGAUACGAUCGAUGGGAAGGUGAAGGCCGCUCUGACGAGGGCCUACAACAAAGAGAUCGCUCCGUACUCCUACUCGGUUAUGGGCGCCGUCAAAAAGAAGGCACGGGACACUGCGGACAACGGUCUGGACGGUCUGUAUGACGGAGAGGAGGACAUGGCGACGCAACCGGACUCGGACGACGAGGAUAAGGAGGAUAAAAUCGAUGAUAAUGCCUUUAUCAAAAUUAAGAAGAAGCCCACGGCCGCUGGCGGCACGGCCAAGGCUUCCACUUCCAAAGCUGGAACCUCGUCGAAGGCCAAGAAAAAAUGAAAUCAUUACUAUUGUACUCGAAACCCCCUCACAACAAAUAAAAGUCAUUACUAUUGUACUCGAAACCCCCUCACAACAAA